UGUGCUUUUUGCUGAAAACUACACAGAGACACACUACCUGCUUGAUGGCAGUACUGUCACAAACACACGGAAUUAUACGUUCCAUUGGUGGUCAUGAUCUGUAUAUUUCAAUAUUACGAUAACUGCUCCAUUCUUUCUGCAUGUAUGGUCACUGCUACUACCAUGGUCACGUGCAAGGAUAUUCUCAAUCUGUUGUCAGCCUCAGCACUUGUUCUGGUCUCAGGGGAUUUGUUUCAUUUGAAAAUAAAAGUUAUAUAUUAGAACCCAUUGAAGGUGUCACCAAUUACACACACUUGAUCUACAGAGCGGAAAAUCUUAAAGGAAAUGUGGGUACUUGUGGACAUAACUUCAGAACAUCAGCUACAACUGUGGAUACUGUUGUUGAGUCCUUACAGAGGUCUUCUACAAGGCACAAAAGAGACAUAUCGAAGACCACUAAAUAUGUGGAACUUGUUAUAGUAGCAGAUAAUCGAGAGUUUCAGUAA